UUGUGAGUAAAAGGCCGUUUUUUCCAAGUAUCACGUAUUUCCACUUCUAUGUUUUCACGUUGAAGGUCUUUGAAUAGCAAGUUGUCUUGAGAGAUGACCCUCGACCUCCAAACCAGUCUCCUUACAAAACGCGAUGCCAACCGGCCUAAGUAAGUUACUGUGAAAUGCGAUGUUGCAAAACCGAGCGUGGUCUAAAAAUUUGCUCCAUUUAAAGCAAUAUCUUGUGCUCCGGUCUGUGAAGAUGUCCGUCUUAACCACGAAACAGUUACAUGGAGUAGUUUUCGAUAUGGAUGGAACUCUGACAGUUCCCUGUUUGGAUUUCAUGAAGUUGAGAAAACAACUUUGUAUAAACAAGAAUAUUGAUAUAUUAGCUCACGUUGAUAGUUUAGUUGGAAAUGAAAAGGACAAUGCUAUGAAAACGAUUGAAGCCUUUGAAGAAGAAGGAAGAAAAAGCCUGGAGCUCCAGCCAGGAAUAGAAGAAUUGUUUACAUUUUUACUCCAUGAAACAAGCCUCAGGCCUAAGUUAGCCCUGGUGACGCGUAACAACACCCUUGCUGUUAAACACUUUCUCGAAAAAUGCGCUACGGAUAAUGUUUGUGCAGAUGCACACGAGCUAUUUUCAAUCAUCCUUACAAGGGAUUUCAAGCCAGUCAAGCCACACCCUGCAGCACUGCUUCAUAUAGCAUCCAAGUGGGAUACAGAUCCCAAUAAUAUUAUAAUUGUAGGUGAUGAUAAACAUGAUAUAUUGUGUGGCAAAAGUGCAGGAGCAAUGACUGUCCUUCUGAACAAUGAAAAGAAUGAAGCAGCCAAGGAGUUAGCUGAAUACAAUGUUGACAAACUAACAGAAAUCAUACCAAUUUUAAAGACAUUUAUGAUGAACUAGUAAAGUCAAUUCUUUGUGAUAGAUAUAAAUGUCAGUUGGUCUUCGAGAUAUGUAAGUGACUGAUAUUUUUUUAUUGAAGGCCUUUGAGGGUCUCAAAGAUAAAA